UGCGCUACACUCUUCUACCCUCAUUUUUCUUAAAAUACAAGAAAUAUAUUUCCGGUCAUGUGAUCUGCUUUUCCUCCAUAUUGUGGGCAGUACGCAAUAUUGGUAACGGUGCAGAUAUAGUUGCCAGUCUCAGAAAAUAUGAAUUCUGCAAAGAAAUUGCUCCAGCUUGGACAGCUAAGUGCAAGACAGUUCUGUACCUCACAGGCUCACAUGUCAGCUGGGAGAAAGGUGGCUGAUUAUAGCAAACUGAAAGCAAAGCAGGCAAAGUUUCAGGUUAAUGAUGGUAAACUAAUACACUUGAAAGGUGGCGCUAUAGAUAGGCUUUUGUAUCAACUGACGGUGGCCAUUUGUGUAAUAGGAGUGGGUCUGAGUGGGAAGUUUUUGUAUGAGUUGUCUUUCCCAAAGAAAGCUUGAACUCUGUACUAAUAUAUUCACUCAUAGUACAAAAUGUAAGUAAUGAACAUAGUAAAUGAUAUGUUGCCAUUGUAAUUUCAUGAAGAAACUAGAUUCUCUACAUAUUACUUACUCACCCGAUUGUUCAGGGAACACGCAGUGAUUAUUGUGUGUACUCUAUUGGUGUUAAAAUAAAAACUGUGCCUAAUAUUUACAAA